AUGAGCACAACUGCCACAAAUGGUCUUAAAACUGCUCCCAUGAAAAAAGUAGCAACACUUGGCAAGCGCAAGAAAUCCAUUGAUGCGGAUGACGUAAAGCAGAUUGACAAGAAAGAUGAGUUUGAUCCUAACAAGUUCUACGUCUCGCUCACGUCGCACGCUGAGCAGUUUGGUGUUGAACCCAUUCGUAUUCGGUGGGGGCAGAGAGAGCCUGACUUGCGUGGCCCAAUUAUUGGCACCAAUAGACAUCACAAAUACCGCAAUGCAAUAGGCGCACACGGUGGUUCAUACUGCAUAUAUCGCGGACUGGCAGUAGCGUCAGGUGCUAUCUCUAAGAACUCGGUGCCUGAUCUCAGUGAGACUACGCCUGCCGCCAAGAUCGGCCCCCACCCUUCGUGGUUUGACCCCGAGAAGAUGGUCACUAUUGAUCCCUUUGGAGCUUGUGUUCUGGAGGCAUUUCCGGAGUACUAUCAGAAGGGAUAUGAUAUUCGUCCUACUAUUGCUGUUACAAAGGCACAUAUGGACUUCCCGGAAAUACACGAGGCAGUUCGACUUGGCCGACUUAAGCCGGAUGGUAAGAUUUUGAAGAGCUCGUCACAGCUUGUCAUCACUAAGGCUGCGAUCGAUCCGGUGUGGUACCUUCCUGGAGUGGCUAAGCGCUUCAACACGACUGAGGCCAAUUUGCGUCAGCAGAUCUUUCAGGAGACCAACGGCAUGUACCCUGAACUGGUAACAAGAAAUGAUUUGAAGGUAUUUCUACCGCCAAUCGGAGGCAUGACAAUCUACAUAUUUGGCUCCGUUGAGGCCAUUUCAGACCCAACGAAGAAGCUGGCAGUACGUGUCCACGACGAAUGCAAUGGCUCGGAUGUGUUUGGCUCGGACAUAUGCACAUGCCGACCUUAUCUCGCCCACGGGAUUGAAGUUUGCGUGCAAACGGCUCAGGCAGGAGGAGCUGGAGUCAUCAUAUACUUUCGUAAAGAAGGCCGUGCUUUGGGUGAAGUGACUAAAUACUUGGUCUACAACCUCCGCAAGCGUCAAGAAGGUGGCGACAGCGCAGAAGAGUAUUUUAACUGCACUCAGACCGUGGCUGGCAUCCAGGAUGUGCGUUUCCAGGCGUUAAUGCCUGAUGCUUUGCACUGGCUUGGCAUCACCAAGAUUGACAAGUUUGUGUCGAUGAGCGACAUGAAGUACGAUGCUAUUGUGAACUCGGGCAUUGAGAUCGUCGAACGCAUUCCCAUUCCAGAAGAGCUAAUCCCGAAGGAUGCUCAAGUGGAGAUUACAGCCAAGGUAUUUGCCGGAUACAAUGGAGGUGACGUAUACAAGGUAGAUAAGGAAAAGCUGAAACAAGUUAAGGGUCGUGGCGACAAUGAGUAUGAAGAAUGA